CUGUCUGAGAUAGGAUGGGAGGGAGAGCCUGAUUGGGAUGCUUAAGCGCAGAUAAACUGUGUGGCUCGCUCGAGCGAGCGAGGUGAUAUCUUAGGUGUGAGACGUCGGUUUUUUUGUUUCUUUCUUUUCCAACAAUUGACGGACGCGGAAGCACACUCACUCGCUUCAUUUUGUAUCACAUCAAAGUUGUUCAAGAUGAAUUAUUCGGUGUCGGGCUUGGUGGGGUUCAUUAUUGCUAUAAUGAUACUCUCUACCUCAGCAGUUGUUCUACGGUUCUGGUCUCGUUUGCUGGCUGCUCGUAUCACUUUAGGUUGGGAUGACUGGCUAGCACUCGCUGCGUUGCCUGUGAGUUUGGCUCAAAUGUCCGUCGUGCUUCGUGGCGCCUCUAGCGGACUACUUGGGAAACAUAUUCCCGAAUUGACCCUCCCGGAACUCGAGUGGUCCCUCAAGUUGCUGGUAGCAGCAAACCUACUAUUCAACGUCUCAAUCUCGUUCUCACGGCUGUCGGCUUUGGCUUUCUAUUCUCGAGUGUUCACUCUGCCAGGUGCAAAUAGUAAGCUCUGGACAUGGAGCUUUUGGAUCGUCACCUCCCUCUGCAUUGCGUGGCCACUGGCAAUGAUCCCCAUGAAUCUAUUCAAUUGCAGUCCAGUUCGUCGACUUUGGCAGCCGUGGCUUCCUGGACAUUGUAUGACGCAGUUCGAGAUAUACAUGAUCAGCGGCGCAACCUCGGUUUUUGUCGAUUUGUGUGUGCUUAUCCUGCCGUUGCCGAAGAUCUAUCUACUUCACAUGGAUCUCCGAAAGCGGUUCAUGGUUGGACUUGCAUUCCUUGCUGGUUAUAGUGUUAUCUUCAUGUCCGUUGGGAGAAUGAUUCAGACUGCACAAGUUGGAAGUGCUCUCGAUAUGGACCCUAUCUAUACCAUCAUCCCCAUGGCCUAUUGGAUCGAAGCCGAGUGCGGCCUAUCCAUCCUUGCCAUCUGUCUCCCAGCCAUCUUCCAACUCGCUAAACGUGUUUACCGCUCCGGCUUGGUAUCACUACUCAGCUCAAAGGACUUCUCGGCAUUGGAGUACGAGAUGAACUCGGGGAAAUCGAGACAUACAGACUCGAAGCGCCAAUUCUCGCAGACUUCCCAUGAACGAAUCAUGACGCCCACAAGUGAUGUCUAGCUGGUCGUGGCUGGGACUGGUAUGUAGCAUGGGAAAGGUAAUGGCCGCAGUUGUAUAUAGUUAUCAACGUCUGUCCAUGAAGUUUUGUACAUAGUUAGUGCCAUCAGCAUACGAUUUGACGAUGCUUGACGUCUUUUCUUGAAUUUAAUCAGUUGUACAUUAUUCGGGAUAUCACAGUUUCUGCCAGUGUUCCAGCUCUUUACUCAGCUUCAUGGUUAUCCACUGCCUGAUGAACAAACUCUACAGCAUCACUCUCUUCUUGCACUCCGUCAGACUCCCAACCCGAGCAUUGAUGUGAAGUCUGUAAAGGGUGGGUGAGUAGAUUGCUCAGGUCCCGACAUU